CAAAAGAGGAAGUAAAAAUAGCAAAAUUUCCACCUAGCUGGUCAAAAGGAAAGAAACAGUUUUUGUUGAUUAUUUCUAUGAAAUACCAUUAAAUACAACCUUCAAAAAUGUUUCAAGAACCUGACUACAGAGAAAACUUAUCAUUGAUGUUAUCAGGGGUUUUACAUGACAUUGGUGUCAAUGAAAGAAAUGUGAUGAGACGGAGAAGAGAAAGCAUGCUGGAAGAGACUAUGAGUAAUAUCAGGAGCAGGUUUACUGAUCAAAAUGUAACUUACUAUCAUCUAGGGAGUCAAAGUGAAGGUACAACUACUAUAGGACUUCAGUCAGAUAUUGAUAUACUGGGCUGUCCUCAUGAUUUCAAUAUAAUACAAAACUGGUCAGAGUGGGAACAUGGCAAGAUAAACUACCUCCUGAUACAGGAUGAGAACACUACCCAGGGGUAUUGUUUCUUACAAAUGCUCAGAGAUGAUGAACCUCUUCCUGUUACUGUCAUUCCUGAUGAAAAUCAUAUUACUGAUAGAAGAGGAAGAAUAUUGUAUAAAAACACAGUGAUAGAUUAUUAUCUUCAGGGUGCUGAGCAGCAGCAUGGACCAUCUAUUGCUGAGCAAGGACAACCUGGAUUAUGUGAUUCAGACAAAGUAAUUGCUUAUCCAUGUAAAUCAUGGCCUCAAUCAGCAUCAGGUUGGUUAGAUAGACAAGGUAUUGGCAGAUGGCCAACACAAGAGAUGAGAAGAUAUGCAGCAAGUACUGGGUUUUUAGUUGUUCCAACUGGAAGUAAGGUCAGUGAAUAUCCUGAAUUGGAAUGGAGAAUAUCUACAUCAUUGACAGAAAGAUGUAUAAUGUUUAAUUUAAAUAUAACACAAAUAAGGUGCUAUGUACUAUUGAAAAUAAUUCUUAAGUCCUUCCUCAACCCUCAAGAUGAAAUCAACAUAUCAAGUUUCAUGUGCAAAACAGUUUUAUUAAAUUGUGUAGAAAACACAGAGUCAGGAAUAUGGAAAGAUAACAAUUUAUUUACAUGUUUAACAUACUGCUUAUUGGAAUUACACAGUUGUGUACAGAAUGACUGUUGUUCACAUUUCAUUAUACCGGAAAAUAAUUUGAUGGCAGGGCAAUUUACAGCUGAGACAAAACAUGAACUUUCAAAAAAUAUUUGUGAUUUUAUACAGAAUGAUAGACAACGGUUACUUAGUAUUGAUAUUGAUGAUGUUGGUCAUAGACUUUAAGUUAAACUGAACAGGGUACAACAUGGAGUUUACUAUUUUCCUUCUCCUCUUGAAAUAUAUGAAAAUGUUUUGACCUUUGGAUAUCUAAACAUUGCAAACAACAUAAGUAUACAGCAUAAGCUUGUUUUAAGACAUUUUCACAAUGAAAACAUUAGAACAAUGAAGCAACAAAAGCAACAAAUAGUUAAAUUGAUGACCUUCAGUGAUAAUGGUAAUAGAUUUGAACAAGUUGCAUUCAAUUUUUUAGCACCUUUUUUUUUCACCACAUAUGGUUCUACCCUAGCAUCAUCCAGCAUUGGUGAAAAUAAUCAAGUGUCACCUCAAGCAUUGGUCUGGCUAUCAGCUGGUUUAAAUUCAGAUAUCUCAUCUAGCAGACUUAAACUGGCUUCAGUGUUCUACAGUACAGGAGAUAUGGAGAAAGCUGAACUAAUUCUGAGACACACAGAACAACAAUAUUAUUCUCAUCCUGUUUUACCUAUCUGUGGCUGCUGCGUAAUGCCUUCACCUAGAGUAACAGCAGAGUUCAAGAGAAUAUGUUGUGAACAAAGUGAGGACUGUAUUAAAUAUAUGAUAACAUUUUGUGUCAGAUUUAUACAGGGAGAGAUCAACUGUAUUCCUCAUGAACUACAAUAUGAAAUGUUUAGAUCUACACAAGAUGACAUGAUACACAGAGAUCAGUAUAGAGACUUUUGGAUGGACUGGGCUGUAGUUGAUUCUCUAGCUUUCUUAUACUUCCUACAAUACAAGAUCUAUCGUCAUCUACAAAGACAUCAAGAUCAACAACAAGCACUUUGUAAACUUAUAAGAACCAUAGAAACUUAUAAAAACCUCCGGCAUAGAGAAACAGCUCUCAACAUUUUAGGACAAUGUAUGGAACAAGAAAACAGACCUCAACAAGCAUUAAAAUGCUACAUGCUUUCUCUUCAACAAAGGGCAAGGAACAAUGCAGCAAACUUCCAUAUAUGUAAGCUCCUUUCUGGCUUAAUGGUUAGCCAAUAAAAUGUGAUCAAAAAAAGAAAGUAUAAAGACUUUAGUUUUCAAUGAUAUCAAAAAGCUAAAAUGACAAAAUAUAGGCCUGCCAUUACACUUUUUAUUGCAUAUUAUUUUGAAACACAAUUAAACAUGUUAAAUUGAAAGAAUGAUUCCAACUUCAUUGACUUUGAAUAUCUGACUUUACAUUUGAGAAGUAAGAGCAUCUUGUGUAGAGGACCAGUUUUGCUUGUGAAAAUGUAUUUUAAAUUUUGGUUUAUAAGGUGAAGUUUUUUUUCCAAGCUUUUUUUAUACAGUAGUCAAAACAGUUUUAGCUAGUCUUCUAUUGUCGGCAAUAUUGAUACUGUUGGCAAUAUUUAUUAAAAGUCUUGUUCUAUAAAUGUACCUUGUAUAUAAAAGUAUUGUUCUUAUUUUUUAUUCUGUACCCUGUACAAUACAAAACAAUACAAGCAAAUUCAU